GAUAUACCAUCAAUUUGACUAGGAUAACCAUCAAAGGCACAACUGGUAGCGAUUUAUACGGAUUCUUUUGAUGUGUGGCUCUUAUUGUCGGGUCCAUGAACGAUUGAAGAGGCCCCUAGAGAUGAGAUGAGAGUCUUGAACCACCUGAUGCCCGCCCGCAUUUCACCGGAAUAAAGAGCUGCUCUUUUCUGUUGAUCCAUCACAAAUUCGAUGCCUCCUUUCUUCACCUCUUCUCGGCUACUCGGCCAACAUGGUGCUGUGUUGUCGGCCUGGUCCAAAUCCCCUGAUUUUAUUGCGGUGCAUCACACAUCGUCCAGGUCCCUUUUCGACAGACCCACUCUGUGCAUGAUCCCCCCAUCUCACUCGAGACUCUAUCGCAGCAAUUCAACGUAAUGAAUCAAGAGGCGCCUGUCGAGUAAAUGGUUUUUAAUCAGCAUUACGUGCCGUUUGCCGUGUUUGCCGUUGUGCUGGAUGUUGGGGGAGAUCCCGGUGGAGGAUGGCAGCAGCCUGGAUAGUAAAUUUAUAUCGAAAUUGCAGCGGAGGAAAAAGAAGGGAGGGGGAUGUGACGUCAUCGAUCGAAAGGAAGCGAGGAGGGGAGCUGAGAAAAAAAGGAAAAAUCCAUGAUGGUGGUUGCGCGCGUCGCAGAUCGAUAAAGUUUUUGAGGACGAAACCCGCCCGUUUCCUUUGCCCGUCUCUCAUCCAGCUUACUACCUCCAGUCGCACUAGGUCUCGGACCGCACAAACUUGUUGACCCUGUUUUUUUCAACUCUCCAAACAUUUUCCAUCUCUCUCUCUCUCUCUCUCUCUCACAAAGUUCUCAUCUGUCCAAGUUUAAUGGUGUUUUAAAUUGAAUUGAUACAGCCGAUCCAUUCUUUUCACAGUCGUGUUCCAUCAAUUACGUCCAUCCCAAUUGUGGAGACUGGCCGAUAAAGGCCAAACGACAACGCGAAAAACAACCAUGGUCGGCCACUAUUCACUGCUGCUGCUACUCCUAGUCUGUAUUGGCGCCGAUGCCGAUAACCUGCCCACUUGCCAACCCCGGGAUUUCCAUUACGAGUUGACUGAAUGCGAUCCGACAGCGACGGGUGGCAGAUGGAGAGUGUCCGUUCCUAAAGCCGGAGUCUGCACUGGCGGAGCACCCAACGCGCCAGUCCGACUUCAAGAUUGCUCCCUGACUUGUAAAUCUGGCGAGUACUUUGAUCUGGAGCUGCUGCAAUGUCACGAGUGCCCGCCCGGAACUUAUUCUCUCGGCGGAAUGGUACGUCAUGAAAUUUGGGAUCAGCUACCGGAUGGUUUUUCCGUUUUGGUGGAACCACUCACGUCGCGCUCCUCCUUUUCCAUGCUGGAACGCGAAAGAUCCUACACCAAUUGUUCCAAAUCCGAAUGGCAGACUCGCGGUGACUACAUCGCCUUCCCAGGGGGUUCCUGCGUGGCUACGCUCGUCUACACUGUCCGCUUAAUCCAACCGGGAGCCCUGCACUACACGUAUCAAUAUCCCGACGACGAUACAAUUUUCGAGUUCCAGGCGCAGAACGAGCUGUGCCAGAGCGUGUCAAGUGGCGGUGACGAAAUUCGCUGGCCAACCGUCACUGAAGAGGGUAAAUGGCGGACGAGCAAGUCUGUUCAACUUCCGGCCGGAUUGAAUGUACUCCAGUGGAAAGCCAUGGGCAUUACCGGUCGCCAUCAGACGAAACCGCUACUUAUCAAGUCGAUCGAAGUCAGCGGAGUGGCUGAUCCGGCCGUCUCGACGGGCUGCACGCCUUGUCGCAACGGAACUCACGCGCCCGCCCCUAGAUCCCGACAGUGCCAAGAUUGUCCGACCGACUCGUACUCCGGCAGAGGAGCCACUCAGUGCAUCCGCUGCGACGCCAAGACUUCGUUCGCCUCGCCGGGCAGUGGAAGAUGUCACAAGCGACCUCCGUGCACUCAAAACGAUUAUUUCGAAGUCCAUUCGGCUUGUGAUGAGAGAAAUAAUACUCUGGUGACGUACCAGUGGGUGGAGCCGCGUACCUGUCGCGAUGACCUUCCGUCGUCGGCCAAAUUGCCGUCGGGCGCUGAGCGUCGAAAAUGUCCGCCGUGCAAUCCAGGGAUGCAGAUGGAUUACACGACGGGUACCUGUCGUUUCUGCCCACCGGGAAGCAUUUCAGAUGGAAUCCGCCCCUGUCGAGCUUGUCCUCCUUCAACGGCUCCCAAUACGGGGCUUCAAUUCAUCUGGUGGAGCGCUCUUCCGGGUCUCAUGUCUUCACGUUGCAUGAGUCUAGAAGGUUACACAGGGACGGGGUGCACAACAGCCGCCGCCUGGCUGACAUCCGGCGACCACCUGAGAACCGGACACGGCCAUGCACCGGAUUCGUAUCUCAUCUUGUCGUUGAAGAUUGAGAAGGGAUUCCGAGCCGGUCGUGGAACUGUUUCAUUCACAUUCCAGCUCGACUGUGAAGGAGAUUGCCAAUUUGUCUUCAUGCAGAGUUCUCCCACCAAAGGUAUUUCGGUGAUCCAGACGUGGAGUGGUCGUGUGCCCAAGCAGCACUUUAGUUACUCGAUCCCUCAAAACGGAUCGUACACCUUCAACUGGGCAUUCCAGAAACAGGCUUGGUCAGAGGAUGUCGGAGCCAUGUUGCCCUACAGCGCCACCGGUGUGCAGAGACUGAGACUAUUUGACACGGAUAGUGCCAGGAUCGAUCAAGUCAACGUGACCAAUACUAUCGAAGGCGGUGCUUCCGUCUGCCUACCUUGUGCCCAGGGAGCCGAUGCAUCCGGCUGCAUCCCUUGCCCACCGGGUCACUACACAGAAGCGGCCUCGACUCAUUGUAAGCCAUGCCCGGCCAAUACGGUUGUCCUGGAUCCAGGAGCCGUCGGCAAGUCCGCCUGCAUCAACUGCGGCCCUGGACUCAUCAGCACCGACAGCAAGACGUGCACGACCGAUUGCACGCCGACCAUCAACGGAACUCGCUACGACCUGCGUAAAAUCGGAAGCAAGUUCCACGAAGUGCGAGGCAGUUUGCUUUUCACCGCCAGCGGCAUGCAAUACUUUCACGUGUUUAACAUCAGUCUAUGCGGUCGUGAGCCGGUCAAUUGUGCCAACAACAUCACAUUCCAGGCCGAGGGCGAGCCGAAAUCAGUGAAAGCGUUGAUUUGCCGGACGACACUGAUACCUUCACAGAGUGUGGAUGCUUCCGGCGGAAGCAGUCCCCUUUCGACACAAUCAGUGACGUUAGGUGACCACCUGCUUGGCAUAACCAACGAAGCCCAGUUGGGGGAAACUCGGGUCCUUGACGAAUUCUACAACCCAAAGGACUUGCACGUCUUUUUCGGCACCCCAACGGCGACCAAAUCGUGUCCGAAAGGAAGAACAACGACAGUCACCCUACGUUGCGAUGCCGAUCAACCGGGAGCUGGCCAAGUGACUUUACCGUCGCGCUGUCCGGACGGCACAUGCGACGGAUGUCACUUUCAUUUCCUCUGGUCGUCCAGUACCGUCUGUCCCAUUUGUGGCGCUCAGGAUAUUAAGAUCGUUAAGAGCGAGUGCGUCGCUGGGGAGCAGAAUGUUCACUACUUGGCCCCCAAGCAUUGCCUGAUGGCCGACGAUGUUCCCGGAACAAAGAAAGUUCCCUGUUCGACUGAAAUUCCUUUUGUGUUGCAGCUGAUUACUAUGGGUUGUGUGGGAACGGCCGUCCUCCUCUGUUUGACCGUGUUCAUUUGCUGGAAACGCAACCGUCGACUCGAGUACAAAUACAGUCGCCUAGCGCGACAGCGCUCCUCUACACCGAGCAACAGUAGCGGUGGCAACGAUACGACCUCCAGUCUCAAAGACAAUGGCAGCAACGAAUGUGAAACGGAAUUGGCGGCAGCCGAAAGUUGCGCUCUGGAUGACGACGAAGAUGAGGAGGACGAAGUAUCGGUGACUGUUCCUAUGAAAAGCUUUGGUCUAGUCAACAAAAUACGUUCCAUGACUGCUUACAAAAGCGAAUCUGGCAGUCCGUUUGAGACAAUUCAAUUGACGGAAGCACAAUCUUAGAACGACGAA